UUCCUAAUCGGAAGCUGAGCUCGUUCUUCUGACGCGCUAACUGUGCGUCAUGUCUCAACGAGCUGCUUGUGUUGUGUUAGAGCGGCUAGCUGCGAUUUAAACAUAUUUGUAUGUUUUUAGCAUCAGCCUUGCCUCGUUUAACUCCUCAAACAAGCACAACGGUGCAGUCCCACCCAAAACAUGAUGAGCACAGAGAAGGAAGCAGGGGGUGAUGGGCCAGUGAAACCCAGAGACAGCAACAAGGAGACAGAAAAAAAGAAGAGAUCCCGUGUCAAACAGCUGCUCAGCGACAUUAAGAGGCAGGUGGAGUUCUGGUUCGGAGACGUCAACCUGCACAAGGACCGCUUUCUGAAAAAGCUCAUCGACGAGUCUGAAAAUGGAUAUGUUGACAUAUCUGUGCUGGCGAGUUUCAGCCGCAUGAAGAAGCUGACGGCUGACACUAAGCUGAUUGCUAGAGCCCUGAGGAAUUCAUCCGUAGUCCAGAUUGACCUCGAAGGAACUAAAAUAAGGCGUCAAUAUCCGCUUGGAAACCCACCAAAUAACAUCGACAGUCGGACAGUCUAUGUGGAACUCUUACCCAAGGACGUGACCCACAGCUGGAUCGAAAGAGUUUUCACAAAAUGUGGGAAUGUGGUUUACGUCAGCAUUCCCAGAUACAGGAACACCAGUGACUCUAAAGGGUUCGCCUUUGUUGAGUUUGAGAAAGAGGAAGAAGCUCAGAAAGCUAUUGAGAUGUUGAACAAUCCUCCUGAAGACGCUCCAAGGAAACCAGGGAUUUUCCCCAAAACAUUAAGUAGGAAGCCAAUUCCUUUUCCUGUGGACAAUCCACAGUCACGGGAAGAGGAGAAGAAAAAGCGAAAGAAGAAAAAAAAGAAGGAUGGAGCUGCAGCAGUAAAAACAUCGGCAGAAAAGGUCCAAGAGGUCGCCAUGGAAGCAGAACCAUCAGAACAGAAGAAGAAGCAUCUGACAGCAGAUUGCGACCCAGAGACCACCAGUACAGAGAAGACACCGGGAAAGUUAUCGUUGAAGAAGCGGCGCCGGUCAAAGACUGGGGAGGGAUCAGAAAGUGAUGUUCCUUCUAAGAUUAGGAGAACCAGUGAAAGUGAAACCGGAGAAAAGGAGAAAGAUGAAGCCAACAUGAAUCUGCCCAAUAAAAUGGACACAGAGGGAAACGCUGAGAAGGGGAAAGAAAACAGAGAUGACACGACUGUCAAGGCAAAGAGGAAGAGAAAAAAGAAACACAAGGAGAAGCUAAAAGUUGGCGAGGAAGUCAUCCCAUUACGUGUUCUAUCAAAGAAGGAGUGGCUUCAGCUGAAAGAGGAGUACCUGGUCCUGCAGAAGCGCAGCAUGGCGUCCCUCAAGAAGUGCAUCAACAAGAUUAAUCACAAGGAGGAUGACGUUACUCAAGAUAGAAACGUUGAUUUGAGCAGCACAGCUGAAAAAGAAACCAAACAGGGUCCUCAGUUUGUCAGUGGCGUCAUCAUGAAGAUUACAGACAGCAAACCGUUACCAGCGAGGAAGAUCAUCAAAGAUGCUCUGUCCAAAGUAUCUCCAGUUGCUUAUAUUGACAUCCUGGAAGGAGACGUUGAAGGCCACAUCCGUUUCAACACCCCGGAGGACGCUACAGCCGUCAGCGGCGCUAGAGAGCAGCUGCUGAAAGAACACAGCUGGAAGCUGGAGAUUCUUAAAGGUGACCACGAGCAGCGGUACUGGCAGAAGAUUUUAGUGGACCGCCAGGUCAAACUGAAUCGUCCCAGGGAGAAGAAGCGAGGCACAGAAAAGCUCAUAUCCAAAGCCGAGAAAAUCAUCAUCGCCCGAACCAAGGAGGCCCAUAAGCACAUCCGAUUUGAAGAAGACUGACUUCCCCAAGGUUAACCACUCCAAGUGUUCCCCUAUGGGAUGAGUUCUUGGCUGAAGUAGAUUAGUCCAUUGUGUCAUUAUUGUGGUUGCACUGGAGCCACUGUCAUAACCCAGGAUGCUGCUUGAGUUAAAGAUGUUUCUGAAACUUUCUUAUCAAUAUUAUUUCAGUGUUUUUGACAAGCAGUCCAGUAGAGGUGUACAUAUUGUUUUUAAGGAACUUCUCCAGUAAAUACGUGGUUGAGUCGACGCCUGCUUUUUAAUAAAAAUGUAAUUUCAUGA